AAGGUAUCACGUUAAAUAUGAUUACCAAAUACGAUAAUCAUACUUCCGCGAACGAUGACGUUGACAACUACAUAAAGUACGCAAAUCUUACAACCGAACCGAAUCGCUGGAUUUUGGAGCCAUUGGGUGUUUGGCCAUUGAAAAGAGCUAACAUCGAGGUCUCUUGGAAAGACAAUUUUCUCCGUAGAGGAAAAAACGUUUUCUAUUAUUUUCUGAUGUUUUUUGUCUUUGUACCUUGCGUUCCUUAUGCGAUUUUUGAGAUCGAAAGUGUCUACUAUAAGUUGAAGCUUAUCGGUCCAAUGAGUUUCUGUGUAAUGGGCUUUGUCAAGUAUACCAUUUUGAAUAUUCGAGAGAAGGACAUUCGAUGUUGCGUGGAAUCUAUCGAGAUGGAUUGGAAGAGAAUAACGCAUUUCGAGGACGAACGUAUAAUGAUGGAUAAAGUUUAUACCGGACGUCGUCUCGUAACUCUUUGCCUCAUUUUGACUUACGGUGCUGCUGGUUUUUUUCACAUUGUUUCACCUUUGAUGAGCGGAAAGGUUUUUGCAUCUGCUAUAAACGUAACAUACAUGCCAGCUCCUUUUCCCGUAACUAGCUUGCUCAUGGAUAUUCGUUACAGUCCGGCAAACGAAAUUUUUAUCUUUAUUCAAUGUCUUUACGGAUUUAUGGCUCAUUCGAUCGAGGCUGGUACUUGCAGUUUGACAGCCGUUUUCACGAUGCACGCUUGCGGACAGCUGCAGGUUUUGAUUAAUUGGCUGGAACACUUGUUGGAUGGUCGGGAAGGCAUGUGUUCCAACGUGGACGAAAGAAUGGCGAGUAUCAUUCAACAACAUGUUCGAACUUUGAAAUUUUGUUUUUAUAGUUUCAUAUCGCGCACUGAAAGUUUAUUAAAUGAGGUUUCUCUAAUCGAGGUCUUGGGAUGUACUUUAAAUAUAUGCUUUCUUGGAUAUUAUUGCCUUAUCGAAGGUAACAUGUCCGAAAGAAUAGGUUGCAUAACGUAUGGCAUAAUUCUUUCAUCCAUGACUUUUAAUAUUUUCAUUCUUUGUUACAUAGGGGAGCUACUUAUAGAACAGUGUCAAAUAUUAGGAGAGCGAACGUAUGCGAUCGAUUGGUAUCGUUUAGCAGGAAAGAAAAGUCAACCUCUUAUUCUCCUAAUCGCCAUGACGAGAACAACAACGAAAUUAACUGCUGGACAUUUCAUGGAGCUUUCUUUGAGUAGUUUCAGCGACGUAAAGGAUACUUACGAUAAAUUACGAUUGACUGGACCAUUGAGCUUUUGUCUGAUGGCACUCAUAAAAUAUUGUGCUCUAACUGUACGAGAAAACGAUAUUCGUCGGUGCUUCGACUACAUCGAGUGGGAUUGGAAGAAAGUUAAACAUAUCAAAGAUCUCCAAAUAAUGAAGGCUAAUGCAAAUUUUGGUCGUCGUAUUGUCAUCGUUUGUGCAACAUUCAUGUACAGCAGUGCUGCUUUUUAUUACAUAGCUGUACCUUUCGCAAGAGGAAUGAUAACCGAGGAGGAUAGCAAUAUCACGUACAGACCUCUCGUUUAUCCAGUUGCGAAGAUCAUCGUUGACGCUCGUCGUAGCCCGAUCAACGAGAUCUUCUUUGGUAUUCAGUGUAUUUCAGGAUUCCUUGCCCAUUCUAUUACGGCCGCUGCUUGCGGACUUGCCGCUACUUUUGCUAUGCACGCUUGUGGACAAUUGGAAAUGAUUAUUUCUUAUUUGGAAAACCUGGUCAAUGGUCAUGAAAAUUCUUGCGACACCGUCGAAGAGAGAUUUACGGAUAUCGUUCAACGUCAUGUCCGUGCAUUGAAAUUCAUAUCGCUCACAGAGGAAGUGUUGAAUGAAAUAUCCCUCGUCGAAGUUGUUGGAUGUACCUUGAAUAUAUGUCUUCUUGGAUAUUACUGUAUCACGGGCUGGCAAUAUAACGAAACCAUGGGUCGUCUAACUUACAUCAUAUUAUUUAUAUCAGUUACAUUUAAUAUUUUUAUAUUCUGUUACAUAGGUGAAAUUCUUGCCGACCAGUGCCAAAAAGUGGGAGAAAGAUCCUACAUGAUUGACUGGUACCGUCUACCAUGGAAAGAUGUUCGUGGCCUUGUUCUAAUCCUUGCAAUGUCCAAUAUGCCGAACAACCUAACAGCAGGAUAUUUGAUAGAGUUAUCGCUAGCUAGUUUCGGCGAUGUUAUCAAAUCAUCGCUCGCAUAUUUGAAUAUGUUGAGAACACUGACCGAAUAAAAUUCGGCCGAUAAAGAACGAAGUCGCACGAAAAACGAUUCUUACGAUAAUCGAUAUACCUAUGCAAGAUCAACGUUAUUAGAAUUUGAAAGUUCUCUUUCAUUGUAGAUAACAAUGUAAAUUAGAAAAAAACAAUGUAGUACCUUUGGAUUAUAUCUUGACGUAGGUAAAACUUUCAAAUUCUAUCUCGCCUCUCACUCAAUAAAUUCAAAGACACACGUGUGUCAGUCACGAAAUCGCUGGUAUCGAUCAGCGUGCCGAACUAUUGUUGUACUCUUCUUCGUAUUAAUCUUUCUACAAAAGAGUUUCGUACGCGCAGGCGUAGAGAUUAGGUAAUGUGCGUUACGUAGAGGAGGGUGAAAUUGACGGAGC